AUGGCAGCCAAAUCGACGAGUGUUCAGGUGCUCGGGAAGCACAUAGUCAACGGCGUUCGUUCACGCGUUUUCCCACGCGCCGUCGCAUCUGGUCUCUUUGCUUCCCGAGGUAUUGCUAACAGGAAUGGUGACACAUCGGCUUAUGAUAAGAACGUAGAGGAAGAAUUGCAGUCGAGUAAAGUGCCUGAUGAAGUGAUAAAGCCUGACUCUGACAAAUAUUGGUCUCCUCAUCCUCAAACCGGUGUAUUUGGACCUUCCUCCUCCUCCGCCACCGACACAACCGACGAGAAACGCAGCCAAGAUCAGGAUUCAGUGAUGGAGGAGAAAGCAUGGUUUCGUCCAACGAGUCUCGAGGAUUUGGACAAGACUCACCAUUCGUAG